AUAACAGGCGCGGCGCGGCGGGCACCCGGGCCUGCAACCAGCCAUUUAAGGCAGCGGCGCUGGCCGCGCUAAUUCAUUACCUCACACCCGACGGGAGCCAGGGCGGCGCCCUCCCCCCCACGGGCCCGCGCAGCCUAUGGGGGCCGGGGGCGGGCGCGGGCGCCGGGCCGCUCACCAAUGCCAGCAGAGCGGGGGCGGGCCGGUGGCGGCGCCCGGCUCGCCGUGCCUGGGGUUCCCCUGCUGCGCGCGUCGGCUCCCGGGUGGCUGCCAGGCUGGGCUGGGGGACCCGCGCCCGCUCAGAGCCGAGGGCAUGAUGGCUGACAAUAAAACAAAGUCCAUUAAACCUGCCAACAAGACUCCUCCAAAGUCUCCAGCAGAUCCAGCAAAAGAGAGAGCAGCCAAAAGGCUAUCUUACGAGUCAAACAGUUCGCAUGAGGGUGCUAUGGCAGCAGAACUUAGUGCUCUAGAAGAGGCUUUUAGAAAAUUUGCCAUCCACGGAGAUACCAGAGCCACAGGAAAGGAAAUGCAUGGGAAAAACUGGUCAAAAUUGUGUAAGGACUGUCACGUGAUAGAUGGGAAGAAUGUGACGAUCACGGAUGUUGACAUUGUCUUCAGUAAAAUCAAGGGAAAAUCUUCUAGGACGAUUACUUUUGAUCAGUUUAAAGAAGCUCUUCAAGAACUCUCCAAGAAACGAUUUAAAGACAAGAGCAAUGAGGAAGCAGUUCAAGAAAUACAUAAGCUAAUUGAAGGAAAAGCCCCGAUCAUAUCUGGAGUAACGAAAACCAUUUCAUCUCCAACUGUAUCACGACUUACAGACACAUCAAAAUUCACUGGUUCCCACAAAGAGAGGUUUGAUCCAAGUGGGAAAGGAAGAGGCAAAGCAGGACGAGAAGACCUGGUUGUUGCAUCGGGCUAUGUGCCUGGGUACAAGCACGCAGGCACAUAUGAUCAUAAAGUACAAGGAAGCAAGUAAGCCUGGGGGGGUUACAGAGAGAGAGAGAAUAUACCUGUAAGAAUGUUGUAGAUGAAUCCCACAUGUUUCUGUUACCAUGAAUGCGAAGACUAUGUUGGCGAGAAGUGUUUUCAGGAACUGGAACUGAUUUCAACAUCUGCUGAGAUAUUUGCAGCACAGCAACACUUCAUUACAUUCCUCAUGUUUCCAUUGGCAAAAAUAUAAAAUACAAAGUUGUUGCGCUUUAGACAAGAAACCAAAUGCAAGGACUGUU